CUCCACCAAGCCAACUGCAGGGAUUCCUUGCCUUGCGCAACACUGCUCGGCCCAGAAGGCUGGAGUCAACGCAACCUGGAACCUAACCCAAACCAAAGAACUCGCCCGGAAGACAAGACAGUGCGGAAGAGGGAGCAAUGAGCAGCGGCGCCGGCCGCGAAAGCCGGAAGGGCAGUCUCGGCAGCGCCAGCAGCGGCAUCGACAGCAGCCGCGAGCGCCAGACCGUGGGCACGCUGCUCGCCUCCAUCGCAACAUGCAUGACCGAUGCGCUCCGCAUCCUCAUGUUCGCCGACAAGCGGCAUUGGGGCCCGGACGAGUUCGAGCAGACCCGGGCUCUCGAGCAAGCGCUGGACGAGGCCAAGAAGGAUUUCCAGGAGAUGGCGCCCCUAGUGCGAGGGCAGUUCUAUUACGAAAACGACCGAACCCCCGAAUCCCUCCACGAGCUGCUCGUCCUCCUCACCAAAUUCGAGUUCCACACCCAGAACUUCCGGGACUGGGCGCGCCAGGGCGGGCCCAUCAACCCGGCGUGGGCGCGCGAGACGGCGCAGCUGCGCCGCGAGCUGCACCGCGCGCAGUGCCGCGCCGCCCGCCGCAUCUUCGCCGCCGCGCAGCUGGACGCCGCCGGCGGCGAGCGCUGCCUCGGCGCCGUCCUCGUCCACCGCCAGCAGGCCCGCAUCGAGGCAGAGCGCGGGCGCCGCAGCCGCCGGGAUAGGGACGGGAUACCGCCGUGGCAGGCGCAGCAGCGGCAGCGGCAGCGGCAACGGGGUAGGGAGGAGGAGGAGGAUGAGGAGGAGGCUGUUGCUGUUGCUGGGCGCGCCGCGGGGGAUUCGCUGGAUUCGGAGCCUGGGAGGACGAGCGCCAGUGGGAGGAGGGGCAGCCUGGAGGAAUUGGUGCCGAGCUGCAACGCGGUGGGGCGGUUCCUGCGGCUGGGGGCAACGCAUGACGCGGCGUUUGUGUGCGACUUCUGCGAGGGGCAUAUCGUGUGGCCGGACCUCGAGAGCAUGCCGUCGGAGAGGACACCGCUGCCGCCGACGGCGGUGACGGGGUACCCGCAUUGGCAGGCCAAGGGGGUGAGCGCCGCGACGGGGGAGGAGAAGACGAUCGUGUUUGCGCCGCUGGCGAUAGCGAACCACAUGCCGCCCGAGCCGGGAGACUGGCAGGCCGGCUUGCUGUGUCCGUAUUGCGAGGAAGACACAUACGUCGACGAGGGCGAGGACAGCUCGGAGCUGAGAUAUGUCCAGGAUGAGAGGGGAUUCCCGGAUCUGGAGAAGUUUCGGGAACAUCUCGAGUGGUACCACACGGCGCUGCCUAUACCGCCGAUAUCAGCAUUAGCUUCUGCGCUCCCGUCUGCGGCGUCCAGCUGCAGGGUUAUGUAAGGGCGUCGGGUGUUUGGUUUGGCUUCUGGCGGGAUAGGCUAAGGGAUGACAGCGUGGCGUUCGGGGAUGAGAUAACCUUGCAAAGGCUAGGCUCGGCAUGGUUUUGCUCAGCAUAAUUGAAUGCAGCGGUAUCAUUGCGGCUGGCCGGUGUUAUGGCUGCCUGACUCGGGAACAGGUUCUCGUUCUCUCCAGGGA